GCAAUAUAUGUACACAUUUUUUAAAUAAUAAUUAUUAUCAUUAUUUACUACUAUUUUAUCAAUUUUCGACACCUUAGUUCCAUCGAAAGGAACGCUUUCAUGUUUGGAUCUUGGAUUUUAUCCAUAAUUUCUUUUUGUACAUCCAGAUUACUAACUUUAAGGCAGUUAGUCAGCUUCUCUGCGUAUUGAAUCCAAACGCAAUUAGUACAACCAGACAUACAGCAGUUGGUAGGUUCUGUGAUUUCAUCUAUAGAAAAAGAAUCAUCAGCUUUUUUUUGAUCUUCGAUUCGUUCAUUAGACAUUCCUGUACUUUGAUUAUCGCUAGAACAUAAUCUCAAGGUCACGAGUAUGCCUUUCCAAUUAUCAAGGGUUUGUCUUUUGACAUUAUUAACUUUCGAACGAACCAGAUUCAUUAUCAUUUAGGUUAGAUGGUGGUCAUUCGAAUAUAUAUUUAGAAUGGCAUCGAUGUUAUUUUAUUUAUCUGAUUGUUAAACGUAUACUUAACAAUCAAAUACUAUGUAUUUAGGAUAUACUUAGAAAAAAUAGCUGAAGCGAAUGUUUUUGGGAAGAAAAGUUCUUUCGUAAGUUCACAAAACUCUUUCUUUUUUUUUUUUUUUGUAACGUCAUAAACGAUAAAUAACCAAUAGAUAUCUUUUAUAUAAGAAAAAUAAGUAAUCUUGAAGAGUCAUCUAGCGGGACGUAUCUUGAAAUACAUUUUCAAAACUAGUAUUUUACAACAUAAAUCGUAAUAAUGUUAUCUCGAUGUUAUUGUUAACAUUUUUUUAUGUUUAUAUUCUAUUCAAACAUUUUUAUCGAUAAUUAAUAAUUUGUUGAGCAUUCAGUUUACUUUAUAUGUGCGUGUAAAUAAAUUGUAAUAUCUUCCACGUGGGUUUACUUCGGUUCAAUGUCACUUUAUAAAAUAAUAAAUAUUUUUUGUAACAAUGGGUCGUAAAAUUCCGGGAAAGAAACAUCGUGGCGUCAAGGAUCCUGAAAAACAGCGUGCUAAACGACUAGCUGAGUUAGAAACCAAAAUAAACGCUCCGCCGAAGGAUAUCCAAGAGCAAGCUAUACCAAAAAGUUUAGAAAAUCUUAUUAAGCUUAAGGAAGCAGUUAAGUCAGGUAGAAUAAGUAAAGUGAAGAAAGUCAAAAAAAGAAAGAAAAAUGGAUUAAUAUGCGUAGGCGAUGAAAAACCAAAGUCGUUACAUCCUAAAUCACAACCAGAGAAAGCAGUUCCUAUAUUUCAACAAAAACCCGACGAAAGUAAUAAUCGAUUUUUUUAUCGUGUUAGUCAAGAAACUCAUGCUUUUCUUAAUGAAACUGCCUUUGAAAGGAAAUACAAUGUCAUUGUAAAUAGAAAUUCUGAUACCGGGGAGGUCGAAGGUCUAUCUAAACGUCCUAAAAAUGAGUUGGAUGAAUUAGAGAGAUUAAGAGCAAAACAUAAAAAUAUUAGAAAAAAGAAAAAGAAUAAAGAAGGAGAAGGUGAUAUGAACCUUACUAAAUCUCAAAAAAGAAGGCAGAAGUUACUGAUUAAAAAGAAAAAAAAGGAGGAAGAUUUAAUUGACAAUUUUAAAACAUUUCAAGAUGAAGUGAAAUUUGGAGAAACAGUGCAUGCACCGCCUAAAUUAGUUACCAGACCUAAAAAAGCUAAUCUUACGGAUAAUAUCAAGCCAGGAAAGAAAAAUUUACUUUUACAUUCCUUAUUCACAAAGAAUGGUUCAUCCAGUAGCAAUUCCACAAAAUCAGUCAUCAUUGAUAGAACUGGUAAACGUAAAAAUCUACCAACUAGCGAAAGGAGACAACUGGAAAAAGAACAAAGCAGUGUUAUUGCGGCAUAUAGACAGUUGAAAGCCAGGCAGUCUGCUGAUGUUGAUACGUAGGUUGACACACGCGUUAUCUAGAGAUGGAUCGAGACUGAUGGAGGGCACCUCUUUUCAAACUGGGCCAAAAGGGAACACGUUGUUGCUCAUUUGGAAGUUGCAAUCUCGGGAUAAGAAUCAUCACGGAAUGCAUUGGCAAGAGUAAGCGAGCUCUCGUGCGCGUGCGAGAAAGAGAGGGAGAGAAAGAUAGAGAUGAUAGGAUGGUAAGCAUAAAAGAGACAUUAAAUUUGAAUUGUUCGUACGGUAGUGCGUCACUGACCGCAACUUAGAAAUAUAGACUUAAAAAGAGAAAAGAAAAGAAAUAAAAAUACGAAUUUCUUCCUCGUGAAAACGUAAAAUGAAAAGUGAGAAGGAAGACGUUAAAAAAAAGAAAAAAAAGAUAUUUUAUUCUACAAAAUCGAGACAUCAUAAGUAUGUAUUAAAAAUGUAGUAAAAGUAUAAAAAAAAGUAUGGAUAAGCGUUAUAAUCGUACACAAACACGCAUAUGCUUUCACUUUCUCUUAAAACAGUUUUAAGGGGAAAACGACCUCGUGCCGAUAAUAUUAUUUCCGAUCAAACGAAACUCGGAUAUUAAGAAUGGAAGCUCGUUAACUAUCACGAAUAAUUUAUAAAUAUGUAGUAGCUAUUUAGUAAUAUUAAUGGUGGUAAUUAAGCUAGCAAGUAAAGAGAAGAGGAAGAAAAUAGAUUAGAAAUGACUUAGACUAUCUAAUCGUGUAUACGCGAGAAUCGAUUUAAUCAUUAACGUGGUUCGAAUUAGGUUUUCUUUUUCCACGAAUCUCGAGAUUAUUGAUGUAUUAUAUUAAUUUUUUUAAUAUCUAUAAAUAUUUAUAAAAUAUACGUAAAGUAAAAUUUAUUUUUUAUAUUGUAUUUAUACA